AUGGCGACGGCGGAAACGGCGGAGAUCUACCGGCUGCCGGAGGAGUGCGUGGCGUACGCCAUCUCGCUGACGACGCCCGGCGACGCGUGCCACUCGUCCGUGGUGUCGCCGACCUUCAGGGCCGCCGCGGACUCCGACGCCGUCUGGGCGCGGUUCCUGCCGCCGGACCACGCCGACGUCCUGGCGCGCGCCGACGAGCCGGUCGCCGUCGCCGGCUGCGUUGGUGCGUCCAAGAAGGAGCUCUUCUUGCGCCUCUGCGACAGCCCUGUCCUCCUCGACGGCGCCACCAUGAGCUUUGGGCUGGAGAGGCGGAGCGGCGCCAAGUGCUUCAUGCUGUCGGCGAGGGCGCUCAGCAUUGCGUGGGGAGACGAUCCUUCGUGCUGGACGUGGACCGCUAGCCCACCAGGAUCCAGGUUCCCGGAGGUGGCGGAGCUCGUGGACGUGUGCUGGCUGGAGAUCACCGGGAAGCUCAGCCUGUCGCUGCUGACUCCGGGGACGACCUACGUGGCCUACCUCGUCUUCGCCAUGGCCGACGACGCGUACGGCCUCGAGUGCCACGUCGGGAUGCCGCCGCCCAAGGCCACGGUCACCGUCUCCUCUGGCGGCGGGACGACUACCAGCAGCAGCGGCAGCAAGACGGCGACGGCGACGCCGGCGCAGGAGCACCCAAUCUGCCUGCACCACAUGCAGGGGGAGGAGGAGGCCGCGGCGCACCGGCGGAAGCAGCAGUACGUGCGCCUCCGCAGGGGUUACGGGAUCAGCGGCGGUGCCCGGAAGACGACGGUGCUGACGACGACGCGGGAGGCCGACCCUGACAUCAGGUGCCCCCGGCGGAGGGGCGACGGGUGGGCCGAGGUCGAGAUGGACGAGUUCAACGUGGCGGGCGACGAGGGCGACGCGGCGGUGGUGGAGGUGACGGUGCAGGAGGUGGAUAGCCGCCGGUGGAAGAGGGGACUCGUCGUGCUGGGCAUCGAGAUCAGGCCCAAGCAGCACACGGCGGGGAUGUUAGCGCUAUAG